GUCUCUUGUGAAACUGCACGCAGUGGCAGAUUAUAAUUCUAACUCAUCUUGAAAUUAUAACCAGUGGUUAACAAGGAAUGAUGAAUGCAUCUUUAAUUUUCAUUUAUGCUUUAAUAGUUCCAGCUUUGCUGGCUGACAAAGGCACCUAUACCAAAGAAAAGGUUUGCCAAGACCUUCAAGUCAUUGGAAUCGAAAAAUUCAAAGAAAUGGUCACUAUCCUCUACAGUCAGAAGUUCCCAAAUGGCACAUUUGAGGAGGUGAACUGUGUGGCAGAUGAAAUGACCACGCUUGCAGAAAAAUGCUGCAAAGAUGAUGUCAGUCCUGACUGCUAUGACAAAGGGGCUACAGAGAUCUCAGAGAAGUCAUGCAGAAAAGACUCUCCAUUCCCCAAGCAUCCAGGCAUUGAGCAGUGCUGCACACUUCAGGGUCAUGAGAGGAAACUUUGUCUGGCUUCACUUCGGUACUCUGCAGAUGAAUUGCGCUCCCUGCUGGAGCCCACAAAUGAAGAAAUCUGCUCAGAGUACACCAAAGAUGAGAAGCAGUAUACUGUCAGGUAUGCGUAUGAGUUUGCCCGGAGGCACAGAAACAUCCCAGCAGGCUUCGUGCUUAAUGCUACUCAGCACCAUGUGAGAAUGGCUGCUAGAUGCUGCCGUCCUGCUGUCAAAAACUCUUGUUUUUUCCAAGAGAGAAUCCAGAUGAGAAGCUCCAACAAUUUUCUGAGGUUUCUAUCUCAUGUGUGCAACAAUCAAAUGAAUUUGAAAUCCUACAGAUUUGGGCUUUCAGCAUAUUAUGGAAGUCUCCUGGGGCUUUCCUUUGAAGAGGCAUCAGUCCUGUCCAAUCUCACCCAUUCCGGGCUUGAAAAAUGCUGUUUGCGGCCCCAACCUGAAUGUAUUAUUGAAGAGAUAACAAGCGUUCAUAACGUCCUCUGCGAUGAAUCCAAACCGACUGCGGUGUCAGAGGAUUUGCGGAGGUGCUGCAAUAAACCUGCGCUAGAGUCUCUUCCCUGUGUGGAUGGCUUAAAAAGACAGUCCCAUCAAUCUCCAGAUGUAGCAAAUCCAGUUUCAUCCCAGCUUUGCAAUGGAGCUCAACCACAUGGGAUUGACAGAUAUUUGUUUCUGAUUGGAGUGAAACAUGCCACCGUUUCUCUGCCUGUGCUGACGACCAUCUUCGAUCGAAUCAGGGACACAGUGAUGGCCUGCUGCUCAUCUGCUGAUGCCUCUGCAUGUUUAACAGAGAAGGAGAGCACAUUGAAAAAGACUACGGCCUUUCUGUCCAAGCUGGAGGACACUUGCUCGCAGUACUCCAAACUGGACUUGCCAGCGUUCACAACUCUGAUGCAGAAGGAGGGAGAAGAGAAUCGUAAACAAGCAUGGGUUUCUUGGGCCUCGUCCUGCUGCUCUAAGCUCUCACCGGCACAACUGUGUCAGAAACUGACAGAGGAGGUUAUUAAAUAUGAUGAUGGCAGUGCCGCUUAAAGACUCACUCUUCAAAGAUCCUUUUGAGCUUCAGCAAUUGCGCUGGAUGAAGAGAUCGUCUGAAUUCCCCCUCCAGUAGGAAAUGUCAUGCCUCUCGCCAUCUGAGAUGCUUUAUUCUCUUUAAAUAAACUUUUCACUUGCUUCAAA